AUGAGUGGAGUUCAGAAGAAAUAUUACAUAUUUGGUUAUGAUAGCUUAGGUGUGAAACAAUCUAUAAAUGUUUUAGUGGAUAUUGAACAUAACUACUAUCAUUCUAGAAGGGAAUCUUCACAUUCUACACUUUUGUCCGAUGUAACUAACAUACAAAAUGAUGUCAAUAAACCUGGUCCAUCUAUCUUGGUCCAUCUACAUCAAGUGGAAUAUGUCAUCCUCAAGUUUCACAAUCCAAAUUUGAUUCAGGACGAGUGCACAAUGUCGCACAAGCACGUGGUUGAGGCUUUGAACCGGAGCCUGCAGGACAUCCGCAGCAAUGAGACGCUGAUGGACCGCUGGUACACCGGCAGAUGA